AUGCUUCAGAUGCGGUACGAACCCUUUCGAAUGGCGCGCACUGAGGAACUCUCCGAAAUCGCUCAUCGAAGGGCGAUUGCUGCUGUGGAUUGGGUGGACAGUCUAACAGAAAUCGCAGAAGUAGCCGAGACGGAGGACAAGGUAGCUCUUGUGAAAUCCUGCUACUCUCCGCUGACUAUUUUCAACUUUUCCGCUCGGACGGCUCAAAACACUCCUAAUCCUGACAUUCUUUGCUUGUGCAGUCACUCCUAUGUGCCGAGACGUUUACCGCCGGAGUUCAACGAGACAAAGUAA